AUUUGGUUUCAGUUGCCAGAAGCAUCCCCAAGUGGUCGGUUUAGAUUGUCUGGCUUUGUACUUCGUUUUCGUUCUCGUUCUGAUGUAACCGGACCGCAAAUAAUACGACUACAGAUUUUUAAACCAUGAUUUAUUUAAAAUCAAUUACUAUACGGUACCUACAUGUUUGGUGGACAUAAAAACAAUUUUCUUUCUCAAAUUGAAUAAAGAAUUUUUCUAUUAUUACUGUGAAAAAAUAAAUCGGAUACGGAUAUGUGGCUUACAUUAAGACAGAUUAUUAUGAUUGUUGUUCUUUUCAACGUCUCAAGAGCAAAUUGGUGGUAUUUAGGACUGCAAAAUUAUCCACCAAGAGAGUUUAACCCAUUGCUUAGCCAUAAAGAAAAUUGUUACCGAUAUCCAUUUUUGAAAAGUAGACAACAGCAACUGUGUGACCUCGGGGAAAAAAUUAUGAGUGUUGUGAGCAGUGGAACAAAAAUGGCUAUUGAGGAAUGCCAACAUCAGUUUAGUACACAGAGGUGGAAUUGUACCACUUAUUCAAAUAAUACUUCAGUAUUUGGCAACGUAUUGUCGUAUAAAAGUAGAGAAAAAGCAUACGUAAAUGCUAUAACAUCAGCCGGAGUAGCAUAUGCGAUUACAAAAGCAUGUUCAAGAGGUGAAUUAAACGAAUGUAGUUGUGACAAUAAAAUUCAAAGAAAACAAGCUAAAAAGAAUUGGCAAUGGGGAGGAUGUUCAGAGGAUAUACGUUUCGGUGAAAAGUUUAGUCGUGAUUUUGUUGAUUCCAUAGAAGACAUCGAUAGUGUUCAAGGGCUAAUGAACGUACAUAAUAAUGAAGCUGGUCGAAGGAUUAUUCGCUCUAGUAUGCAAAAGGUAUGCAAAUGUCAUGGUAUGUCAGGUUCAUGUAGUGUACGUAUUUGUUGGAUGAAACUUUCAUCGUUUCGAGAUAUUGGGGAUUCAUUGAUGGUAAGAUAUGAAGGUGCUUCACAUGUACGACUUGGUGAAAAGAAAAGAAAGAAAAUUAAAAAACUUCGACCAAUCAGAAUAGACAGAAAAACACCCAAUAAAACGGAACUCGUAUACUUAGAUACAUCUCCAGAUUAUUGCGAACGUAAUGAAUCAUUGAGCAUAAUGGGUACCUACGAUCGUGUAUGUCAAGGAUUAGAUGGCUGCAGACAUCUAUGUUGUCAUAGAGGAUUUCAAAUUAGAUUAAGGGACGUAGAAGAGAAGUGUAAAUGUAAAUUCAUUUGGUGUUGUAAUGUUGCUUGCGAAAUUUGUAGGUAUAAAAAAGAAGAGUAUAUUUGCAAUUAAUCACAUUUUGUAUAAUAUUGAGAGUUCACAGAUAGCUCUAAAACUAUGAUUAUAUUUGGUUUGUUCAUAAAAAACAAUUUAAAUGAAUAACGUAUUCUAGUAUUCUCAUCACAAAUUACUUUGUACUAUUUUCUCAAAAAUGUUUAAUGGAUUUAUCUGAAUUUGAAGGCAAAAAAUAAAAAUGUCACCGACUUUUUCGAGUUUUAGGACAAUAUAGAAUCUUUAUUGAUUUUUAUUUAAUUUAUUUUUUUCUUAAAAUAAAAAUUACUAAUAUAUUAUAAGACAUGUAGUCAGUAGAAAUUAUGUUUAAUAGUUACCUACUUAUUAAGAAAAUGACUGAUAUGUAUGAGUGAUGAGAAUUCUAGGACUCAUCGAUUGUCGAUUAUAGAUAACUUGAUAACGUUUUAAAAUAUAACAUUUCUUUGUCUACUGUAAGUUGUCUUAAAUACAUUUACUGUCUAAUAUGGCCUACCAACAUAUUAUAACAAUGAGAUAUUUUGUAUUAUGAAAAUAAUCUUUAUUAUAAUAAUUUAGUUAAUAUUGAGUGCGCACGUUUACUUCCCACUUCUGUCCUAUAGUUUUCUGUUAUAAUUUAUUCAAUAUUGUAUUUAGAGUCAUAUUAAUUAUUAAUACGCAC